UGAAAGCGAGUGGUGCGGUCCGGUAGUAUUGAAGGCAAAGCUGGAAAAACAGAAGUGGUUGUUUUCACCGAGGGGAAGCGCUGCUGAUUCAGACCGCUGCUGGUCCCGUUUAAAAAAAGAAAAGAAAUCGGUUGUAACAUUUCUUUUAUAUCUGGUUGGUUCUCAGACAGCACCUCUACUUUGCUCGCCAUGGCUCUUUGCGGGGGUGUCGGAGCCAUGGCUUUGCCCAGCGAGCUUAUCGUCCACAUAUUCUCCUUUCUGUCCGACCGAGACAAGCUCCGGGCCUCGGCCGUGUGCUCGCGGUGGAGGGAGUGUCUCUUCUACCCGGCGCUGUGGACCGAGCUCAAACUGCGGAUAGGCGGCGGGAGUAACGGCGGCUCCGGCUCCGAGGAGACCCCGAGGCUCGAGUUCCUCAUGCGGAAGUUCGGUUCUUUCGUGCGGGAGCUGCAGCUGGAGCUCGCGCCGGUCGAGGGCUACCUCAGCCCCCUGAGCAACGAGCCGUCGGCCGCCAGGAUGGACCAGCCCCCCGGCGCCGACGGCGACCCGCAGCUCUCCGAGCGAUGGAGGGACGCCAUGGCCACCUUCCUGGACCAGGUGCUGUGCGUGUUCUCCAGCGUCCGCCACAACAGAAACCUGCGGAAGCUGAGUCUGUAUGGAGACACCUGUAUUCUCCAGCAGGAGGGACUAUUAGACAGCUCCAACCUGCACCAUAUCCACCAGGGGGACAAAAAGAUCAACGAAAUCCAGCAGUUGUUCAUGGAGUUGCUGUCCAACAGCAGGCAGCUGAGGUGGUUGUCCUGUAGCUUCAUGCUGGGUCUGGUGACUCCCUGCUCCUUAGCCUGCCUGUCAAAUCCUUCAGCCGAGACCCUGAAGCACCUCAGUUUACUGGACCACCAGCUAGGCCCCCUCAUCUCACCUUCAGAGUUAGAUCGUCUCUCUAACCUUAACUCUUUGGCCCUGGAUUUCUCUGACUUGACAUCUGAGCUGUGUGGUCUGCUGGCAUCUCCACGCCGAACUCCACUGCAUCGUCUGUCCCUGCUGCUCAAUGGCGCCGCCCUGGAAUUCAAACCAUUAGAAGGGACGGCUACAGAGGACGAUUGGAAGGCGCUGGUUCGCGUGAGUACCAACCUGCGAGUGUACAUCAUGGCCCUGGAGGUCGACAGCUCGGAGCUCCUCAGGGUCCUAAAACCGAGCCUUCCCCUGGAGCGCCUGCACCUCGACAGUUACAGCACGCUGGUGACUGAUGCCACAUUGGAGCUCAUCUCUCAGCAGUACAACAAAACGCUGACUCACUUCCUGCUCCUGAGGGAUGACCCCGACUUUCCUGACCUCAGUGUCAGUCGCAACGAGGACCCCUUGGUCCUUUUAUCAUGGAGAUGUACUCAGCUGGCUGUACUGGUGAUACAUGGUUACACCGUGUGGUCCCACAACUUGGUGGCCAUCUCCCGGCUGCGAGGCUCCAGUCUUCGCAUCCUGACCGUCUCCGAGGAGAGCAUCGACUUUGACCCAGACCAGUCAGUGUGCAUGGAAGGCGACCCGGUCCACAACCUGGUCAAGGAGGUCUCGCUGGGCCUAGGUCGUGUCUGGCACCCAUGCCUGGAUUCUAGCCUGGUUUUGUCCGAACCCACCCAGCACUUCCACCGCGAGUUGCACGCCUUCAGCAUGGGCAUGUAGGCGAUGAUGGCAAAUCCAAUACAUCACAGCCUAAACUUUUGUCAAGACCAGGCCAGACCCCCCCCCCCCCCCCCCCCCCAAGGUCCAGGUCAUCUCAGACCUGUGAACCAGGCCAAAAGCAGACCCAAGUGGGAAACCAUAACUGAAUCUAUUAAGUACAUUUUUGUGAAUUGGUGUGAGCUGAUUGUGUUUAUUAUCCAGCACAUUCCAUGGUUAGCCACUGACGUGGUAUUUAUUUAUUGAACAGAUUGUCCAAUUAAAAAUACCUAAAUAAACUGGGUAUUAUAAUGAAAACAUAAUAUUCAUUUAGUUUAAAAGAACAACAAUCUGUGAUCUCUGACCGCUGACAAGACUUGAAUCAUUUUUAAUGUGUCUGCUAAAAUUGGUCAUCCUGCAUCUUCAAAUGCCCUCUUGUCUGGUCUGGUCUUGUCCACAAAUAUUCAGAGCUCUCCUUCACCUUAAUAACCUCCAGAGCCUCUCCAUAAUGUAACUUUGGUUUGUUUUUGUUGGGUUUUUUUUUUCUUUCUUUUUUCUUUAAUGUUUUCCAUCUUUCCCUGCGCUGUGUAUAAUCCUGUUUUUCCUCUGUGGUGGUUCCCUUGCCUGUAGUGGCUUUGUGUGUAUUUCAAUCCAGAUAUAGUAUUAUCCUGCUCACAGAUGGAUCAGGACAGGCAGGUGGCCUGAGUGAUGGCACGAUAAGAUUUGAGGGGAGAGUGUGUAUUCUGACACAAGCUACUAGCUUUAGUUGUGAAAAUAUUUUUCUUUUCUUUUCUUUUAAACCCUUUGCUCUGUGUUGGUCUGUCUGCUCCACUCCAGAAACAGUUGGGAGUAUGUAAAUGAUCAAUCACUUCCUGGGUAAUGCCACCUUCACUACUUCUUCUGUUGCUUUGAAAGAGCACCUUGUGCACUUGUCCACUACUACGAGAGCCGUGCCUGCAGGGUGGGAAUCAUCACCGCAAAAUGGCUGCAUGUGUCUAAUCAGUUUUAAUGCCUUCAGCAACAGCCAUGUCAGUGCCAUGACUCAGAUCAUCCUUAAGUGAGUGGCAUUUCUCAGCCAACUGGUUUUAUUGAGGGUUUUGAGCACCUUACUGCUGGUGUUAUGGGGAACGUUGUUACAUGCCCGCCGCCAACAACAUACUUCCCACCCUGCUCACUUGUCGACUUUUUGGGAAACCCCACAAGUCGACUGAAAAGGGAGCCUCGUCUGCUGACUAUAAAGAAUUCAGCCCGUUUCAAUACAACACACCGCCACUGUGUUCUGUUUUUAACCUUUAUUGAGCUGGUAGUAAAUCACUGCAUCUUUUGGUUUCCAUAUUCAGCUUAAAUAUAGCUGCCUUUGCUUUCCUCAAAAGGUCAAAACCUUCCAACUAGUGUCACUGGUUCCACCAGAGCCCCUUUGUACUACAUGUCUAGUCAUCAAGUCAAAGAAAACAACAGGACCCGAUGUGUGGACAUACGAAGGGCUCUGAGACUUCAAAAAAAAUUUUCAAGCAGUUCUGCAUCAGUCUAUAGAGGAAACAGGUUUUACACUCCAUAAUGCAGUAUAUAUCUGAGUUUUGAGAUUUAUCUGUGACUUAGUUCAGAGGCCAUGUUAAAACAACAAAUGUAUUAUGUGUGCACUGCUACCUAAGGUGGCAAAUGCCAGCAGUUCUGUAGGUUGGAACCAGUGGUGAAGUUCCUUAUUUGGAGGACAACCUUUCAUGAUUAAGAACAGGGAAAAGAAACGGAUGCACUGAAUGUAACUAACUCUCAUUCUGUCGGCCAGUUGUGUUGUCUUAGUUUUUUAUCAGAGGUGUAUGAUUAUACUUGCAGCAGAAAUGCAUUUCUUGCCACAACAGUCGGGUUGUAGAAUAAGUGAGUUUGGACAUUAUAGAUUCCACUGACAGCCAAGACUGCAUUUUUUUUCUUUUUUUCUUUGCGUAAAACUGCACCUAUAGCACAACAUAGUUUGGGGUGGUUUGUGAAGAAAAGUUGUCGCCAUCAGUCUCAGGUAGGCUUUUAACAUCACUAUGACCACGACCUGUGGUGAUGAUGAUGUCGCACGGGGUGUGUGAAACAAUCAGUUCAUGUUCGAAAUUGUCAUAUUUUUUUCCUCUCGAGUCACAGUUGCCUUGGAAACAGCCCCUUGUUUUCCGGAUACAGUUGUUGUUAUUGAUGAUGUUGUUUAUCUUGCCAUCCGGUGAACCCUCACUCCGCCUUGGUGGUCUGAGGGUCAGCAGACCUAAUCAUACAUUUGUUUUCGAAGAUUAAGGUUGAUAAAGAGUAAAGAAUGGCAACACCGAACUGCUCAUUGCACGUUUUAUAUCUCCAGUUGAUUAUGGAGGGGGCCCAGAGAGUGGGCCAUGGUGCGGGAGGAAAUCCAUCCUGUCGAUAGAGGCCCCGCUGGGCCUAAUUGAUAUCUGAACUGAAUGUUGUCAAUUUUCUGGGGUGAAAUGAUUCCCGUCUGGCUGUGCAACUGGUUUGUUCUUUGGGCAUUUAUUAACAAGGAUGAAAGCAUGGCUUUGACUAAAUCACAGUCUAUAUUAUCGUCCAGAUCUGACUGUUUAAAAUCGCUGAGUGGAUUCCUUUGCUCUUAUAAUGUAACCGAUGUUAUUCAGGCUCUGUGGAAGUGCUAGCAUGCCGUGUUCGUGGCUCAAGCCAGGCAGUGUUUACAAAAUAUCAAAUAUGGAGUAUCACUAGUAGAUAACUGGGCCCACUGUGGUUCCAUCUGAUGCGCCAUUGUUGUGCCAGCUGUGGUACACUGGUGUGUUAGGAAUGCAUUUCCUGUACCGAGCUGGGAUUUUAACAGGAAAGUCAAAGUACGGGUUGUACCAUAGGGCACCUACCUUUCAUGAGUAAAUGUCGUCAGUAAGCCGCUGUUAGAAAAGUUACCCACUCAAAUGACCAAAGCUCAGUUCAGUCUGAGGUCGGGGCGGUGGCAUUGCAGUCUGUGAAGGUCCAUAUCAAGGUCAAUAGUUUACAAGGUUGGCUUGCUUUUUUUUGUCAUGGACUGUUAUGGAACCAGAGUUACGCAACAUGCCAACACUUUGCCUGGUUGAAAUGAAACGGUCCUUGUGAUUGGGCUUGUGGUUACCAAAUGCCCGGUCGUCUGUUUAAUGGGCCCCGAUGGUUCAGCCAUGAUAAUCUCGCUGGUCCUUGGUUCCAUAUCUCAGGAUAAUGCGCUCUGUUACCAAGAGUUUUCUUUUAAAGGCUGUCUGUGGCUGUGCAUGUAGAGCUGUACACUCAGAGGGGAGAGCAACACCAACAUAAGACACUCGGACCAAAAUAUGUUGGGUUUUUUUAUCUCAUCUUCCUCCUCUAUUGUUUUCCUCUCGUCCCCCAUUUUUAGAAGUUUUUUUUUCUUUAUAGCUUUAUGUUGUGUACAGUCAUUGGCUGAUCAGGAGGGAAAUUACAGCAAUUUUAUCGUAGAAUGUAAUGUCAAACUCUCAGCGAAGUAACUAGACUUUUACGAACAGCUUAUUUGACAGACUCCAUCCCCACUCACCGUGUGUUUCACACAGGAAGUCAGAUUUCACUUGUCGAACUGUACAGUUGACUGUGGUUUUACCGGAAAAGUUCAAUUUUACUAUGUUUUCAAUUAAGAAUGUAUUAAUUCAAAUGCCCAUCUCAUUGCACUUUUCACCCCCAGACUAACUUCCAAUAUGGAAACAUUCUUUAUCAAGAGUUGAUGGUUUGACUAUUUGUGAAUAUUUUAGGAACCUUUAGGUCACAUAAUUGCAGAGAGGAAAAAGAAAGAUGGUGUAGAUAACACACUUGGGAGUGAAAAAGCAUUGCAGAACAAUGUUUUUAUAUAUAUAUAUAUAUAUAUAUAUAUAUAUAUAUAUAUAUAUAUAUAUAUAUAUAUACAUAUUGCUUCUAUGAAUUAUUUUUUUCACCAAACACCAAUAUUUUAAUGACGAUGGCGCGGAUUAGUACGCUGUGCAUGGAGAGAGGAGGUGAGACAAAGAUCUGACAGUAAGGCAAAUGACUUGACACUCACACGGGGUUUGACACUUUACGAGACAACCAUUGUUGCAGUUCAGUAUUGCAUUUUGAUAAAAAUAUUGUCAGUGGACAAAACGACUUUUCGCUGAUCCCCUUGUGUCACCGCCAGUCGCUAAAUAUUGAGCCACCUUGUGCCUGAAAGCCUCUGGAGUCUCUCACUGCUUCUCAAACCUCCCCAAGUAACUGCUGUGGUGAUGUUUAUUAGUCGUUGCUGUGAUUGUUAGUGCACUCUUUAGGGAGGCAGCGUUUUGAGCUUCAGUAGCUGGGGGCUUCGGCACAUGUUUUAAUUUCUCUUGGAGCGUGCCUGGAUUAUUGCUAUUAUUUUUUGUGUGCACGUUUUCACGUGAGAAGUUUAUCGAGUAGAAAAUGUGUGAAUAAGAUGUUGCGAAUGUUCGUGUUAACAGGAUAUGAGCGGUGCAGCCGUUGUGUUUUCGGCGUGCUCAUCCGGGUGGGCGUGCGUGUGUAUUUAACGGGGAAGGGUGGGGCUUGCUCAUGUUCGGCAGCGUAGUCUUAUCACUUCUACUGCAGCAGGAAACAGGAACAGAAAUCGUUCGUUCUCAGGGUACAACCGGUUUUCAAAGAGAGGAGGACGGAGGAGGGUAACAAUAGCUCAGGCCGCUAAAUCACUCGGAUGAGUACUGGGAGUCACUGGAUCUGCUCUCCUCCCUCGAUGUGUUUAAAGCUGCCAAAGACCACAGUGGAACAAAGUUAACGCAGACACAAGUCUAUCUGAAGUGCCCACACACACACACACACUGCUGGGAGGCUGGUCCAGUAUUCUUUUCUACUCUCUUCUUCCUCUGCUCCUCGCGGUUCCACUCCACUCUAGGUUUCUUCCAUUCAAUACGGCCACACUGUUUUUGUGCAUCCAAACUCUGGCCUUGUUGUACUAUGGAGCCAACUGUGCUGGACCAGAGGAAAUAUGCACUAAAGGCUUUGCUGAUGUCGGUGUUUGUGUCGGCGGCUGGGUCCAGGGUUAGCCACAUUGUCGCACAACUUGAAUGGCACUGGGGAUCUGUAGUGCAUGCUGCUGUGGCACCGUAGGGCCCUUCUUGUCCAGUGCAGUACCGUGCUGCGGUACGACAGAGGCCCGUCCUCCCUCUUUCUCUUUUCUCCGCCACCCGUUUAACUGUGAGGACUGAGUGAAUGUAAAACGAGAGGCGCGGAGGGCGAGGAGUUUGGAUCCAUCUCGGAACACGUCAGGGACUCAACACUCCCUCGGGUUUUCUUCCGGAAGCAACUUUCUGACUGAGUGUAGCUUCCCAGCAAGGACACCGGGCCACUGUGCCUGAUGUUUCUGUGUUGUACGACCUUGCGAUGCUGCGGCCAAGGUCAGAUUUUAACGGGAAGCAUUUCAGUUCCGGAGCUUUCCGAGCUGUAAAGAUUCGCUGCUAUAGAUCUGCUAGUAAGAGGACAUUCCACAUAGGGGCAUGCUCAGGGCCAUCUGGCCAGUAAACAGUCUACUACUGAACAUGGCUAGAAUCUACAAGAAAAAUUAAACCUUCUCUCUCUUCUCUUCCUUUUUUUAUCUUUUGAAAUGUCUGUUUUCGAAGGGAUCAGAGAUGCAGCCCGUACUGACAGUCGCACCAGAUUACCAGCCGGUCUGAGCAGGGUGUGGAGGUGUGAUGCCAUUUCGAAGCGGUCGAUUAAGGUGUGUCACUGUUUUCAAAGGUGAACUGCGUUUCCUAAUGUGCGUUUCUGCGACGCCAAGCUCGGCUUUCACUCGAUGCUUCGGCAUCCCGGGGCCAUUUGAGGGCCUUUUGUGUCCGGUACACAAAAGGUCACAAGUGAAAGCGCGCCACACUGACUGUGCUACGGACGAGGACGAGCUGCUCUUUCCGUGAAAUCAGUUGGUUUCACUCAUUGAAUCAAUCUUCCAGUCAAAAGAGCGCGUCCGUCUGCACGCAUAGCACACAUAAAUACACGCAUGUUCACGAUGGAUACAGAGGGGGCACCUGGAGUCUGGGCUGGACUUAUUUAUACACCAUGUGCAGACAGAGGUUUGUGUAGAACUAUAUUAUACUGUGCGUACACAAAGACUGACACACUGCGAGCAGAGCCUUGUUUUUCCGUGAGUUCUUCCGUGAAAACAAAAGGUGAAAAGGCUCUAGAGGGGUGCCGGGGCGUCAGUUAUUCAGGAGACCAUUACCAGCAGUUACUGUACAUCCACGUGGUUGCUGCCAGUUCAAAAGGCCCCUGUGAGUUGUUGUUUUUUAAAAAUCAUUAUUAUUUUGUUUUGGGGUUUUUUGUGCUCUUAAUAUGCAUUUGUAGAGAAUUCCUGGAAAAGACAGCAGGGCCCCCGUGGCCUGGUGGGCAGUUGAAUCCACGGAGCUGCCCUCUAAUGUCGUACAUCUGAGACGGUUUGGUCUUGGCGGCUUAUUAAAACUGCCCUGAUCACAGGACUCUGGGUUCGUCUGUCCUAUCAGGCCCAUAUACAAAGAGCCGGGUUUCGACACUUCUGUGCUAAUACUCAAUAGCCAAUACUAAUCCCUCUGACACGGACAAAAGUGUGUGUGUGUGUGUGUGUGUGUGUGUGUGUGUGUGUGUGUGCGCGUGUGCGCGCGCGCACCAUGUUAUUUUAGUACCAAAGCAACAGACUGUGUCAGAUCCGCAUCAGUCUAAACACAGGCUCAGAGCCACAAAUAGAAACAGUUUCAUUUCCACUUGAAAUCAAUGCUCAGACUCGAUACCCACUAGAGAGUUUGUGAUCUCGACUCUCAGGGUGUUCUUGCGGUGUUUUGGAAAGUGAAGAUUGAAAAGAGCUGAUGAGAAGUGGUAGUGAGAUGGUCGUGGGCCAAACAAAGCUUCCCCAAAAGAGACUCAGGGAAGGGUCAAAUGUUUAUGAAAGGAUUACCAUUAAGAGACAGGGUUCCCCCAUCACAAUGUGAGAUUUCCGACUCUUCCUGCCUCUUUUAUUUUUUUAUCAAGAUGCUAAGACCACCGACUACUACCAGUACGUGCGAGAAUUUGAAACGAGCUCACGCGAGGGCUGGACUGUGAAGAAUCCGAUGAGCAUCCCCAUAUGUGUUUCUGUUACUUGGAGAAAAAACACUGGACGCGCAUCGUACUGGUAAAAGGUUCAGUCCUCAGUGAAAGGGCGGUUCGCGCAGAGCGAGGCCAAUCGGCAGCCGGCCACAGCGAGAACUUCAGAGGAGGUUUGGAUUGUCCGGUUUUCAGGUUUAGCCAUUGCUUUCCCGAGCUCGGCUACUGUGGCUCUGUUGUUUCUGGCCGGCGAACAAAGUCUUUCUUGUCGAGUCCGGAGAGCCAAACGUCCUAAUUAGCCAGGCAGGCCGGCCCGCUGCCCAGUCCAGCCUCACAACUAUGCAAGAGGAAUGCAUAUAAUCCACACUCUUCUCCUGAUUUAGUUUUUCCUGUUUUUAUAUUUAGUUUUGUUCUCUUCUUUUUCUCACUUGUCAAACGAAGAUGUUAAAAAACAAAUAAGAACUGGCAAUGACAAUACUUGGCCUUAUGAUGAUUUGUGAAAUCGUAUCAUUUCGUUCUGAAGAUCUCUUUGACUCUGGUCAGCCAGCCCGGCGACAGCAGCGGUGACGGCGGGCUCACUCUUGGUCUCCGUGAGACCGGCUAGACGGCCCCAGUUUUAUCGUGGUACGAAUGUUGUGCAUUUGUUUAAAAUCAGGACAGUUUGCAAUAACAGGAGUCUUACUCGUGGCCACAAAGGGGCACAAGCAGUGCUGACAGCGCCCGGCUGCGUCUUUAGAAAACCAUAGAGGAAGAAAUAUAAACUAUAUAAAUAGAUAUAUAAACUCACAUAGUGCAUAUUUGUAUAGGUAUCAACAAUGCAUUACCGUGGUAUACUCUUAUGCAACACAUGUCCGGGUUCAAUUUAUGAACAUGAAGUAUAUUAAGAAAUCACGCAAGACUUUGUAAAUCGGAAGCUAUGUUGUUUGUUCGUUUGUGUGUGCGUGUGUUUUGCGAAAAUGGUUUUACCAUCCUUAAUGUUGAAUAUUCAGAGCGCUAUGUUCAUGUGUGAGUGAUUGUGUUUGUUAAAGUGAGCACAUAGCAGUGGGUUUUACCUUCCUCCUGUAAGCGCGGAGCUGGACGUAACCCAAGAUGCAGCUGGACCAGAUUUCACGCACAACGGAGCAAAACGUCAAAUACAUUUUAUUCUCGUUCUAAAGCAUUCAAGUCUGAUCCGUACUCUGCUUUUAAAUCUAGUAUCUGACACGCCUCUCUUCAAACUGAAUUAGGUUUGGAGUCCCACUUGAUUUGCAUGACUUAGCGAAGAGGUCCCCGAAACAAAUAUUUUUAAUUGUGAACCUGAAUUUAAGAUUGAAUUCGCGUAAGACUCCGAUCUGAAAUCUUCCCAGCUGUCUAUUGGAUUCGUCCGCAGGAGAGGAUUUUAUCAUUGAGAACAGUGUUGGUCCAUGGUUCUGUCGUGGAGAACGGGAAGGACAUGUUACAAACCUCUACGUGAAAACCCCCUAAGUGACGGGUGGCGUACUCUCGCGGGGUCCACCUGCCGAAACGGUGAUUUGAAUCAAUGUUGAAUGAAUGCUUCUCUUUUAGUCAGUGAAUAAAAGCAUUAAAAACGUAA